ACAGAUUCCUUGAGGAUCACUUAUUAAGAGGAUAUUUUUCUUUUCGAAGAUUCGACGAAAAUAAUGAGAGGGAUCACUCCGCCGCCGAAGUUCACGGUUCCGUCGCCGGAAGAUGACGCAGCCGAUAUACUCCGACCAAACACCGCCAUCCCCGGCGGCAUAAACGUCGGCCCUGGGUUGCGAAAGAAGGGGACGGGAAUACGGUCAUGGCUUCUAUUGGAUUCAACUGGGCAGACUCAAGUUGUGGAAGUCGGAAAACAUGCUAUUAUGCGCCGAACUGGACUUCCGGCCCGUGAUCUUCGCAUAUUGGACCCGCUUCUAUCGUAUCCGUCUACUGUAUUGGGCCGUGAACGGGCUAUCGUCAUCAAUUUGGAGCAUAUCAAGGCUAUUAUUACGGGCCAGGAGGUCCUCUUGCUCAACGCUAGGGAUCCCUCUGUUUCUCCUUUCGUUGAAGAGCUUCAACGGAGAAUUUUGCGCCAUUAUCAAGCUACCAAGUCCCAGGAAGCUGGAGGGGGUUGUGAUAAUGCAGACUGGACAAAUCUGUAUGACCUGGAAGAGCCACAAUCCGGAGCAGUUUCUCCUCCAAACUUGUCUGCUAGCUUCCGAGCAAAGGAUGAGAACAAGGCUGAUGGGAAGCAGCAAGCUGGUGAGAACCGAGAUGGGCCAAAGCUUCUCCCAUUUGAGUUUGUUGCUUUGGAGGCAUGCCUGGAGGCUGCUUGCAGUUGUUUGGAUAAUGAGGCUAGAACAUUGGAGCAAGAAGCUCAUCCUGCUUUAGAUAAGCUGACAUCAAAGAUUAGUACUCUCAACUUGGAACGUGUUCGUCAAAUCAAAAGCCGCUUGGUUGCUAUUACAGGACGUGUUCAGAAGGUCAGAGAUGAACUGGAGCAUCUACUAGAUGAUGAUGAGGAUAUGGCUGAGAUGUAUUUGACUGACAAGCUGAUGGAACAACUUGAAAAUUCUUCUGUUUCCUCUAUAAGUGGGCAAGAUGGCAUCAAUGAGGAAGUUAUUCAGUUGAACAUGGAUGAUAGGGUUCCUGCGGAAAUCUCAAUGGACGCAAAUGCAGGUUCCACCAGUUAUGAUGCGGACAUUCCACAUAUUGACAACCAGCAGGAACGGUUGUUUGGUGGUCCAAAUGCUCUUAGCCGAGGUAGUCGUGGGACACAUACUAGUACGACUCGAAGUGCUAUAAGCAAACAUCUUGACGUGGAGGAGCUUGAAAUGCUCUUAGAAGCAUAUUUUGUUCAAAUCGAUGGUACAUUGAACAAAUUGAACACGCUGCGGGAGUAUGUGGAUGACACAGAGGACUAUAUCAACAUCAUGCUGGAUGACAAGCAGAACCAUCUUUUACAAAUGGGCGUCAUGUUAACAACAGCAACUCUUGUGGUGAGCGCCUUUGUUGUUGUGGCUGGAAUUUUCGGCAUGAAUAUUACCAUUGAACUAUUCGACGAAGCUAAAGCUGGGAUGCCAGAAUUCUUAUGGACAAUUGGUGGUGGUGCCACUGGCAGUCUCUUCUUAUAUGUGAUUGCAAUUGCCUGGUGUAAGCACAAGCAAUUGCUGGAGUGAGUGCCGAGUAUUGUGAAUAUAUUGGCGGAGAGUUAAAUAUGACCUAUGAAAACCAAGUACUAACUGAAUUCACUAGUAUACCCUAUAGUUUUUAUAUAUUACAAGCAUCACUGUUGCUUCGAAGUAAUGAUUCAACUUGAAAAGGUAUUUAGCUCAAGCGUGUUGGAUGAUUUGUUUCAAGUGAUAAUAGCUUGUGGAAUUGUUUUACGCGCAA